GAUUUGUUCUCUAACUGCACCAUACAAUUGUUUUUCUCUUUAGUACAGUCAGUUCAGUCAAAAGGAAUAGAUCUUGUAUACCACGCAGCUCUGUACCACGUGAAUUAGGUACGAGAAAUAUUAGAAGCUAAAGGUGUUUUGUGUGAAGAUUAUAUACAAUGGAAAAGCGUCUUUCAAGGAUACCAGGAAAUCAAGGAAUCACAUACGGGACCUUCGUCUUCGUCGACGAGGGACAUACUUUGGGAAAUGCACUUUCUUACGUGAUAAAUCAAUAUCCUGGCAUAAAAAUAUGCGCUUACACUGUGCCUCAUCCGGCAGAGAACAAGAUACACUUCAAUAUUCAAACAACUGGAGAAAGUGCGAUUGAAGUAUUGAAGCGAGGUCUACAAGAUCUUGAAAGAAUAUGCGAUCAUACCAUUGAAACAUUUGACACAGCUUACAAAAAUUUCAAAUCAAAUGACACUCCUAUGGACACUACGUAACAUUCAUUGUCAUUUUUUUUAGAUUUAUGUAUCAUAGAUAAGUUUUCCAAUUAUAGAUAAAAAUAUACUACUAAA